GGGCAAAAAGGCUCACGUGUUCCAGGGGUCGAAAAAUUCCAGUGUAUAUACUACGCCCCUUCAUGGAGGGUUGGGGCGUGGGUUGGCCCUUAGGCCCCCUCACCCUCUACCCUACAUAUACUAUGUAAUACAAUGUAUAUGUAUGGCUUUCCAGUCGAGGUCUCAGCAGAGAUGGCGGCUUAUGUAUCCACGGCCACCUGGCCUUCGACGCGAUCCUCUGCGAUUGAGGUCCACAACGCGGCUGAAUGUGACCUGGCUGUCACACAGUCUUCAGACAGAGUUCGAUUCGGAUCGCCAUCGUCCUCGUCCUCGUCGGGGUCCUGGUCUGGUCUUGGUCGUCGUCGUGCCGUCGGUCUCGUGGUCAAACUCUGUCUGAAUGUUGUCGUCCCCACAUUCUAAGUUUUUAAUUGGUUUAUCCAAAGUUUUUGCUUUGGUUUCUGGUUUUUAUUUUUUUCGGGGCGUGUGUUGCUCAGAAAAUGUGAGAAGGAUCUCCAAUUAAAAAUAUCACCAGACUUUAAUACCAAAUAUAUGUCUAAUACCGAUUUCCAUUGCAGCGUAUCGCGUAGUGCAUAAUAAUCAAGCUAUAUCUGUUAUCUGUGUACCUUAUUUGUGAUAUCCUAACCAACAACAACAAAAUAUAUUACUUAACAAAUUUUGUUGCCUAAUACGAGAAUUAAUUUAAGCCAUAAUAACUAAAAAGAAGUGUUCUAAGUUUCAAAGGAAAGACGCUUACAUAAUCGGGAAAAACGUCGAAAUGGAUUACGUAACACUUUGGCAGCACGUAAGCACUGUGAAUGAAAAUGUAACAAUUUACCGGCGGCAAAAGUAACGAAGGACAAGCUGAAAAUCAAAAAUAGAUGGCGGCCAACUAAAGAGACCCCUCUGAGCGAAACGAACCAACCCGAAAAUAGAGUCAUCAAAUUUGUGCCGGCUUCACGGAAAUUAACCGCCGCCGAUUCGCUACGCUUAUAUACACGGCAAUCCGCCGUGAAGUUGGCUACAAAAAUCCGUGUACAUUUAUGCGCACAAGUGAUAACAGCGGAAAAGCCAUCGAAGCACGACAGACGCUGACUUAGGCGGACUUUGCGAUCCAGAUCCCAAGGGGAGGUCGAGUUCAGGGAGAAGCGCUUGGCGGGAAGAAGGUUCUAGGACAGCAGCAACAUGAAGGGAUUGACGGCGUUUAAGGAGAAGGCCACGGGCGUGUUUGGCGGCCUAAAGCCAACCAUGGAGAAGUUCGAGAUCUCGCAGAGCUACCAUGGCGGUCACGGCGGCUAUGAGGAGAUGGAGGGAGGUGAGCGGGAGGGUCGCGGACCAGGGGGCGGCCACGCCUACGACGAUGACGACGAUCGCCCGGACUCGCCCGCCUCCUUCGAGGAAAUCGAGCGGCCGCCGCUCCGGAAGAUCGACAAGUACUGCAAGGCGGAGUGUCCUUGCAUGCCGGCCCGGUACACCAUCGCCACCAUGGCCUGUGUGGGCUUCAUGAUUGCCUUUGGAAUGCGUUGCAAUAUGUCGGCCGCCAAGCUCAAAGGAGAACAUAAUGGAACCGUGUUUAUGAACUGGACCGUUGCCGUGGAGAGCCAUGUGGACUCGUCCUUCUUCUGGGGCUAUCUGGUGACGCAGAUUCCCGGCGGCUUCAUCGCCUCCAAGUUCCCGGCCAACAAGAUAUUCGGCCUGUCCAUCGUCAGCUCCGCCACGUUGCAUCUGUUUGUGCCCUUUGCCAUGACGCUGAUGCACGGUCAUGUGGUGAUUUGUGUGCGCGUGCUGCAAGGACUCUUCGAGGGCGUUACGUAUCCGGCUUGCCAUGGCAUCUGGCGCUUUUGGGCACCCCCCAUGGAACGUUCCCGACUAGCUACGUUGGCCUUUUCAGGCUCAUAUGCCGGUGUGGUGGUGGGACUACCCCUCUCCGGACUCCUGGCGGAUGCCGUCGGCUAUCAGGCGCCAUUUUAUGCCUACGGCGUGUUCGGCAUCAUUUGGUACAUGUUCUGGAUUUGGUUGUGCUUCGAGAACCCGCGCAAGCAUCCGGCAAUUAGCAUUCCCGAGCUGAAGUACAUUGAGAAAUCGCUAGGCGAGUCGGCUCAUCCCACGAUGCCUUCACUGAAGACAACGCCCUGGCGGGAGAUGAUGCGUUCCAUGCCAGUGUAUGCCAUCAUUGUGGCCAACUUCUGCCGCUCCUGGAACUUCUAUCUGCUGGUUCUGUUUCAGUCAUCGUUCCUCAAGCACAAGUUCGGCUUCAAGGUGGAGGAGGCCGGGUUUGUGGGGUCGCUGCCCCAUUUGAUUAUGACGACGAUAGUGCCCUUCGGUGGUAUGCUGGCGGAUCAUCUACGCAAGAACGGUAUCCUCUCCACCACGAAUGUGAGGAAGUUGUUCAACUGCGGCGGCUUUGGCAUGGAGGGUCUGUUUUUCCUCUUUGUGGCACAUUCCUCAACGGCGACGGGUGCCAUGUUUGCCCUGACCUGUGGCGUGGCCUUCAGUGGCUUUGCCAUUUCCGGCUACAAUGUCAAUCACCUGGAUAUUGCUCCCCGGUAUGCUAGUAUUUUGAUGGGUCUCUCCAACGGCAUUGGCACCUUGGCUGGAAUCAUAGUCCCCUAUGCUCUGGAUGGUCUUAUUCAAGCUAAUCCCACCGGCUGCUGGACCACUGUCUUUACCUUGGCCGCCUGUGUUCAUCUGAUUGGCUGCACUUUCUAUGGCAUCUUUGCUUCCGGAGAGCUGCAGCCGUGGGCGGAGCCGCCUCCGGAGGAGCAGCAGGUGUGGGCACCGCCGGCGGGCGCCAUUACCAAUACCGAUCCCAGCCAGGCAGGCAUGGUGGGCAACUACAUGAAAGAGACUUCAUUUGGUGCACCCGAGUACAAUGAACAGAGCCAAAUGCAGCAAUCGGGUGCUAUUAGUUAUGGCGCCACCGGGCACGUGGCCAACAAUCCCUUCGCUAUGGCCGCCGCGAGUGGUCCCAUCGCCGAGGAAGAUGCCCCGCCGUCGUACGGCGACGUGACCAACACGUAUGGCUACACGCAAGGACAACAGCCGGAGGCGGGUCAGAUGCCGUCCUACGAUCCGCAAUCCUACCAGCAACAACAGCAGUAAUGGGUCACAAAUACAUAUAUCAUAGCUUUUAGUUUGUAGUGGAAAUUGUUUGACGUUUAUUGUUUGUUCUUGGUGUGUCGUUAAAGUUCACCUCCUAUAACCUCUCACCCACCCAUGAACCCUUCCCUCCCACUCUCCCCCUUUCUCUUUCUCUUUGUUGUUGGGGUAGCUGAAAGGAUAAUACGGCCUUUUCAUAAAAAUAGAUACAAUUAACAAUAACUGAGACAAAGGAGUAAAAUGUUCUAUCGAAUUUUCAGCGAAUAGACUCAACACGCCACACUAACACAAUGAAACUAUGUACCUAACAGAGAAACUACAUAUGUAUCCGCAUGUUAGUCCGCAUUUAGCACACACACCCACACACAUACAGAUAGAGAAACUGGCCUAAAGCAUAUACUAAAUAUUUAAGCCAUGGCUAACGCGAAUUUCUAUUUACAAGCUCCAAUAAAAGAAAAAGGAAAAACAAAUUGCAAAGCAAUAGGAAAAUCACAAGAAAGGGAAUUAACUGGAAUAUAAAAUAAUUGUAUAUCACAAACCACAUAAUCCAGAUACGCACCACGUUUCCAAAAUGAAUACUAUAAUUAUAUUUGAAUCAACAUAUACUCGUACGUAUAUAAAAUAUAUACUGAAAUAUACAUACAUAUAUACAUAUAUAUAUAUAGCUAACUAAUUAUAAUUGUUGUUAACUAUUAACUACGAGGCCAGUGGAAGGGCGAAACUGUUUUAUUACCGUUGAAGAUAUUAUAUCCUUGGCGCAAGGAUCAGCCGGAACUGGCUGCUAUUUCCGAGCACGAGAACAUUUUAAUCAAAUCUAAGCAAUUGUUGAUGUUCGGCACGAAUGAUAACCAUAAAAUUGAAACUAGCUAAUCGAGUAUACCUAAAAGUAUUCUACAAAUAACAAGUAAACUUUAGUUGAAUGACGAAAGCACAAUACACAGGUACAUAUAUAGUGGUAGGAGCCUAUAACCUCAGACUUGGUCUUCAUAAGCUCGGACAGGAUUCACUUUAUUACACAAGUACUUCCCUUUUUUCGGUUACAGGAUAAUAAUCUUUUCAAAACUAUAAUUUCCUGUGAAUCCAAUAAAUAACUAAAUAUUAUAUUACUUAUUAAAAAUCAUUAAAUCUCUCUAAACAAUUAAAUUUAUAAAAUUUAACAUACUUUGUG